AUGUUUGGUACCAUAAUUGUGACUAUGGGUGACUCAGAGUCUGACUCAACGGCAACAGGUCUUUUCAACUUCUUUAUCUUCCUACCUGUUGCUCUUAUACUCAACUUCACCAAGCGAGAAGGCUUCAAUGCACUAACCUUGAAACAGUUUGGUCUAGUUGUUGGCAAAGGUUUGUUAGAUUAUGUGCUCAGUGACUACAUUGGAGCAUCAACAUUCCUUCAGAGAUGUUUUGUAGAUCAAAAGAGAAAGCUACUGAGUUGGAACCUGAGACUGUAG